GUGUUUGUGUUACAUCAGUUUGGUCUCUUAUUUCCCUCCAGUUUUUCCUCCUUUUACCUCUGUUGCUUUGUUUCCGAGUUAAACUGUGCUGGAAUCUGUAGUGUUAGUUUUGUGUUGGCAGUGAAAAGAGGCUUCUCUGUGUCCUUGUGUUGACUCUGCAUACAGGCAGUCCAUGUCCAGAACUGUCUUGUGUUCAUUCUGAUCACAGGCGUCCUCUCCUCUCCCAGGGUUUGUCUACUAGGGCUUCAGAUUUUAUAUUGAAGGUGCUGAUUGGAGCUGGGUUUUGGUAGGGUGAGGUUUACCGUUUGGCCCUCUAGCUGAUGUAUACUGCAUGGUGCUGCACUGGUCGCUGUGUUGACCUAAUGAAUGCAUGGCUCAAACUGAUGAUACCUCUCCCUCUCUAUCCUGUCUUCCUCCUCCUCUUCUUCCUCCCUCUGUACUCUGUACUACAUCAGACAGCAGUGGAUUGAAGGGCUGUCUGUUUUAAUUAGAUCUCAAUAAUAGCCCUGAUAUCAAACUUCUAUUUUGCACGAUAUUUCAUAAAACACAUUAUGUGCCUUGCCUUUAGUUAGAGAACAAUUAUACUUUAUGGAAAAGUGAUCGUACUUUUCACGGUAAAGCUGGUAGCACUUAAAAACAACAAUAAAAAAAAAAAAGCUGCAUGUAUGAUUGCUUGACAUUAACCAGGUGCACAGUUUUUGUGUAUUAAGUGCACGCUCAAACAACGCUUCCAUUAGCUUCAGCAGACGCUGACAUAUCCAACUAAACAAUGCACUUCUACAGUGGAAGGAAAAGGCUGACUUUUUUUUUUGCUGUCAUACUCAGAGUUGCAUGAGAAGGUCAAGGUCUUAUUUAUUCCACAGUCCACAGACACAGUUUAGCUGCUAACCCUCUGAAACCCUGAACAUCUUCAAAAUUAAACCGUUUACUGUAGAAAUAAACGAUAACAGGCGCUAUCAUAUACAUAUAUAACCCAUUUGGCUGGCCAGUUAAAACACGUAAAAAAAAAUUUAAAACGUUUUUCUCAGUUUUACCCUUUGUGUAGUUAUUGUAGUUAGACUUUGUAGGUCAGAGCUGAUCUGGUUGGGCUGACAGAUGUGUGUGUGUGACACAGAUGUGUGUGGUUUGAAUGUGAACUCUAUUGAAGCUACCUGGAUGUGAGUCACAAUACAUGAAGAGGCCAUUCAGCUCUGUCUACAUCCUCUUUUAUCUUAAACACAUUGAAAGUAUUUGGAUAAGUCUUAUAUUGUUUUAUAUUGUGAAUAUUUUGUCAUUGUGGCAAAGCCACUGACGCCCAUGUGAUGGAAACAUGUGAAACAUGUGAGACAUGUGAGACAUGUUGAGGUUCUGCAGCUGUGUGACUGGCCGCCAGAACACCGUCCAGAUGCUACAAAAAAAGGCCAUAAAUGACUUAGAGUUUCUAUGGAUGCUUGCACUUAACACUAUCCUUACUCAGCUUGGCUUUUAUGUUCUUUUUUAGUUAUUUCUUGAGUUGUUGUUAUUAUUAUUAUUAUUAUUAUUAUUAUUAUUAUGAAGCCUGUAGCAUUAUAGUUUUAAACAAAACAGUGUGUGUAAAAAAAUGUACAACACCGACUUAUCAGUCACAAAAAGGAUGUAUAGAAUCUUUAUGUCUGUCGCAGAGGACAGGACCCAUGAAAUGGGGAGUAGUAAAGUGCAGCCAUCAAUCUAUCUAUAAAGAAAGAAGCGCGUGUGUGUGUGUGUGUGUGUGUGUGUCUAGGGCAUAUCUCUCUGACCGUUUUCGUAGAUUUCGUAUGUGGAAGGUGAGCAUCCUCGAUUUUGAAGAUUUUUUAAUUCAUUUUUCAAAAUAUCAUUAUUUACGUAGGACGUGUUGCGGCAUUGCACUGUUUCCGAUCGGACGCCUUUUAGUGGAGCUCCGCCCCCUUUUAGCGGAGCUCCGCCCCAUUGUGUGAUAGGCCUACACCUGGUCAGUAACACAACUCACUCUGGAUUUCCACCCUGACUCAUCUCAUCUCUAAGUCUAUUUAGCCUACCUAUCUUUAGGAGUUUUAAAGUGGCUACAAGGUUCGAUUUUCCAAUAAUAUUCUAAUAGUUUCCAGCAAAUAUCAAUGUUCAAUGUGUAUGUGCUGGGUGGUGUGGUACCUUAUGAAAAGUAAGUGUUUUAUGGAGUUGCAGACGUUGUAGUACGAAUACGUACUUUCUACGGGCUCUGCACUAGUAUGAGUGAUGACGAAUGAUGGAAGGUGGAGAGAGAUUGUCCUGAAGUCACAUUAAAAGUGAAGAGAACUACAUUUCAAACCUAUGCUGUCCUAUAUAUGACAGUCAGUGUUUAGAAAAACUUGCCUCUGGAUCAAAUAUGAGUACUCUGCUGGUGUCGUGCUACUCAGCAGUAGUGAACCUGUGAAGACCCCCAUUAGGAACUCUGUCAGAAAUCAAUUAUGAAUUAGCCAGAGUGAAAAGUGCUUUUACAUGACCACACGAUGGCGCUAUCCUACAGCAACUAACAUUUGUUUGUUUCCACUAAAAGUGCAAGCAGAAGCUUUAUUUUGACUGAAGAGCUUCUCACUCCAAGUUGUGAUUACAACUUCAUGUUUGCAGUUAUUUGGGCUGUAUUAAUGUCCAAAAUAAUACGGCCACAGUGAUGCACCAGAGACUAUGCAACCACUUUAAACUACACACAGAAAGAUAAAGAUAAAGGUCCUCGGCCCACAUGUCCCCUUUAGAUUAGAACGAGUCUUAUUCUGAUUCCAAAAAUUGGGACGCAGAGGAAAACAUAAAUAUAAACAAAUGAACAGAAACACAAGUUUAUCAGUUUGAACAUCAAAUAUAUUGUCAUUGAUCAAUUUAAUUGAAUAUAUGUCGAAAUUGGUAUUUUCAUUUUCAUGUCAUUUGUAAUAUUGUCAUUAUCUGUAAUUUAAAGUUUAUUAGUGUAAAGUAUAUUCGUUAAUAUUAUUAUAAAAGGGAUUAGAAAAGUAUUGCAUUUUGUUUUAUUUAUUUUUUAAGACAACGUCCCAACUUUUUUUUAGAAUCAGGGCUGGAGGUAAAAAGUAUUCAAUUGGACCAAUAACACCAAAACUGGUUCAAUAUUAGACUGGAAGUGAACAAAACACACAGCUCAAAUAAAGAAACGUGUCUCAGACAUUAAUUAGGCCGUGAGGCUGAUGACCAACAUUAUUAAUCACAUCAUACUGUAGGAAUCUUAUUACUGUUGAAUACUGUCUAACUAAAGCUCUGUUAUAGCCUAGAUUAAAAACUGAUUCAGAUUCUUAACCGUCAGAGAGAUUGAGAGAUUAUUCUUGCACUAUAUCUAGCCAGUAUAUUUCAGAGUGUGUGUGUGUGUGUGUGUGUGUGUGUGUGUGUGUUUCCUGAUUGGGUCUGUGUGAAAGUAAGUUCUGAAACGUCAAUCAAUUCGUUUGUAUUCCUCUACUUUACCCAGUGACACUGACGAGAAAUCUGACAACAGAACAUGCACAAAGAAAGCCAAAGUGUUUCUAUAAACGAGUCUGUCAGUUGUAUUUCAAUACAGACAUUUGAUUAUUCCAAAUCAAUUACUCUGGGCCCAGGCCUGUGUGUAUUAAACCCACUUUGACACGUAGCUCUCAGUUACUAUGAUAGCACUGAGUCAGUGCGUUUACAAAAAAAAAUUGGCUUCUGUCCUUGUCCCAGUUUACAUGCAACUGAGAACAUGUGGCUCCGGAGCCUCAGGUUGCCUACCCCUGGGCUAAUGUGACCGGCUAAUGUGACCGGCUAAUGCCACCGGCUAAUGCGACCAGCUAAUGUGCGACCGGCUAAUGUGACCGGCUAAUGUGUGACCGGCUAAUGCGACUGGCUAACGUGUGACCGGCUAAUGCGACUAGCUAAUGUGCGACCGGCUAAUGCGACCAGCUAACGUGUGACCGCCUAAUGCGACCAGCUAAUGUGCGACCGACUAAUGCGACCAGCUAACGUGUGACCGCCUAAUGCGACCAGCUAAUGUGCGACCGACUAAUGCGACCAGCUAACGUGUGACCGCCUAAUGCUACCAGCUAAUGUGCGACCGGCUAAUGCGACCAGCUAAUGUGUGACCGGCAAAUACGACCGGCUAAUGUGUCACCGGCUAAUAUAUGACCGUCUAGCCGGCUAAUACGACCGGCUAAUACGGCCAGCUUAUAUGUGACCGGCUAAUGCGACUGGCUAAUGUGCGACUGGCUAAUGUGACCCGCUUUCUUGGAUGUUUUUGUUUCGGGGUCAUACGCCAGCGCACAUGCGUCAUACAUGCCGGCAAAAAGAGAUUGAAACAGAUUAAGGCAAUAAUUGUUUUUUUUUCAAGUGUCAUGUAAACGUACUGACUGUUGCUAUCCAAAGUGGAGAUUUCUUGGGCAGAUGUCAAAAUCGAUAAAUUAAUAAUCAGCUUCACUGGAAAUCCCCGUCCUCAAGUCAAAGUGAGGUGACAAACAGUUGAGCCUCUCUUUGCUCUGUCCAAAUACACCAGCAGCUCAAAAAACAAACAAAAUGUUUCCAACAAGCAGUGCCUGUAAUUUUACUGCGUUGUGAUAUUUUCUAUGCCGUGCUUUGCUGUCAAACUCUGCAUUGCAAUGUAACAUUUAAGCCGUUGGGUUGGUGCUCAGUAUUGGGAACAUCAGCCACAGUGCAGGUCCUGAGGUAACAAGCCAUAAAACAACCCAAAGAGUUGAAGAAAAUCUAGAGGAAACACUGUUGAAUGGAUUCGUCAUUUUAGCUCUAAAGCGUUGUCCUAUUUUCAGGGUUGUCACGUUCCAAACGAAGCUUAUAAAGAUGUGCUGAUACCACUUCACAUGAAGCUACCAAAGACACAGCAGGAAACAAAUGAACAGCUUCAUUCUGAUUGGCGGAUAGUUGGCAAGUGUUUUUUUUUUUUUUUUUUUUUUUUCAGAAUAUUGUCAUUCAGCAUAUUGACGUCAUAGGAACUUUUCCCACAACACACGCUGACAUGCCACAGAUGGAAACUUAUUAGGUGUAACUGGUAACAUUUAGCUGCUUGAGUUUCAGGGUCCAGGGGCCGGACUCACAAAGUAAAAAAAAUGCUAUUCAUGAAGAAAUUCUUAUAUUUUCUUUAGUUGUUUUCUUAACUUUCUCCUAAGAUAAAACUUGAGAACAAAUUCAUUAGAAUCAGAAUCGCCUUUAUUGUCAUUGCACAGAGUAACUAGGACAACGAAAUUAGCCAUCAACCCGUCCAAACAUAUACUUAACAUACAUACAAUAUGACAAAGGGGUGGACAGGAUGGAUGAGAGGAUGAUAUUCUUGAAAACAAAGUUCUUAGAUUUCUUCUCAUAUUUUUUUACAACUUUAAGAGAAGCCCUCAGCAGUCUUAAAACAGCUACAGUGAAAAGAAAACUCUUGAUAUGUAUUUAUUUAAACAAAUUUGUACAACAUUUAUUUGAUUUCUCUAAUAUUUAGUUUAGCCCUAGACGAUGUGGUUCUGAAGUUGGUCAGAGUAGUUUUUUUUGUGAAUGUAUCACAAAAAGCUUAUUUUGGCAGUUGACAUAUAACUGAAAUGUGCUUUCAGUCUUUCAGUUCAGACUUCUUAAGAACGUCCUAAGUGAGAAAACUAAGAAGUUCCUAAGACAUACAACAAUUCUUAAGAAAAAAAAUGUGAAUAGCAUUUUAGAACAUUCUUAGGAACAUCUUAUUUUUUUUCUUAAUCAUGCUUUGUGAAUCCGGCCCCUGGUAUUGUGUACAUGGUAACACACGAGACACUUAGAGAACAGAGUCACUGACUGAUGUUAUCAUCAGUGAGCGAGUCCACAUGCUGACACCAUAUCACAUUAUCAUGACACAUUGUUGCAUCUUACUGAGUUGAUACUUGGAAUGCAUCAUUACUUGGAUGAUGACUGACACCAAGUUAUUGUUCUUUAAGUUAACCUUUUCGUGAGGACUUCAUAUUCUUGAUCUUCCUGUUGGAGUAAAAACAAUCCAGUGCUCACAUUCAGGGCACCAAGUGUCCCUGUUCUUCUAGCCCUCUAUGGUACGCAUUAUGAUGCCAGUUAGGAGAAAAAUGAUUGGAGUGUUUUCUGUCUUAAAAAGACUAAACAUAAUCUGAAGGAAUUUUAUAAUUUUUUGGACGUUUUUGGGGUUUGUUGCCCGUAGGCAACAUCGUACCAUAAUGGUGCACAAGUGAAAAAGAAAGUUUUUUAAAAUAAUUUUCACAUUAUUUAUUUAAUAAACAUGUGUAAAAGAUCCAGUAGCUUCAACAGGGAACAAUACAUAACAUUUUAAAUUUAAAAACAUUAUAAAAGGAACUUUUUUGACCGGUUUCUUGUCUGAAUGUUGCCUGUAGGAAACAUUGAACCAUUGAACCAACAACCCUUGUGUCUUCAACAGUCUAAGUGUAUGAAACUAUCAGAAAUGAAGGUUUACUCACCUAUUAGUAGGAAUAUUUUUUUCAAGAUUGGAAAAGGGCCAGAAAAUUACGUUUUGAGAGAUUUAAAAGUCUUUAAAUCUCUCUCAAAGUCUUUAAAAUAGUGUUUCAAUAUGGCCGCCUGGAGGUCAUGUGACAAAUUAAAGCAUUGCUAUUGGUUCCCUAUACUCUUCCCUCUUUUUUAAAGUAUCGCAUCACUCAAAAACAUGCCGGACCGUUCUCUUUGGACCAUCUCCAUCGUGUCUCUGUAUUGUAUAACAUGCACCAGUAUAAUGUUCUAGAUCAGAAAGAUGUUGCAGUGGUUCUCUGGGGGAAAGAAGUAGCGGUAAAAUAUAUUA